GGUUACAUAGAGGGAGAGAGGCCCGCCUCGUCCUGGACCGCACCCCGGGCUCCUGCUGGCGGCUUACGCGCUGAGUGAAAUUACGCGAACCAGUGAGCAGCCAGUUUUGGAGGAGGGAGGGCAGAAGGAAGAAGAAGGGGAGCGAGAGCGAGAGAAAAAAAAGAAAAGAUAGAAAGAGUGAGUGAAGUAGAGAAAGAGAGGGAGGAAACGAGCUCUGUAGUUUAGCCUGGACUCUCUCUGCGACUCACGGCGACGCUGACUGAGCCACCCGGUUGUUGUUAGCUCUUCAACGGCGUCCUGCAACAUCCACCCACCCCCCCUUUCUCCCAACUGACAGGGAAGAAAAAAGGAAAGCAGCUACCAUGUCCGCCGCAGACAAGUUCCUGUACGUGGACCGCAACCUGGUCAACAACCCGCUGGCACAGGCCGACUGGGCCACCAAGAAGCUGGUAUGGGUCCCGUCGGAGCGCCUGGGCUUCGAGGCCGGCUCCGUGAAGGAGGAGCGGGGCGACGAGUGCGUGGUGGAACUGGCAGACUCUGGCAAGAAGAUCAAGGUGAACAAGGAUGACAUCCAGAAGAUGAACCCGCCCAAGUUCAGCAAGGUGGAGGACAUGGCCGAGCUCACCUGCCUGAACGAGGCCUCCGUGCUGCACAACCUGAAGGAGAGAUACUACUCUGGUCUCAUAUACACAUACUCCGGCCUCUUCUGUGUCGUCAUAAACCCCUACAAGAACCUGCCCAUCUACUCAGAGGAGAUCGUCGACAUGUACAAGGGCAAGAAGAGGCACGAAAUGCCACCUCACAUCUACGCCAUCACUGACACGUCUUACAGAAGCAUGAUGCAGGAUCGUGAAGACCAGUCCAUUCUUUGCACAGGAGAGUCUGGAGCUGGUAAGACAGAGAACACCAAGAAGGUGAUCCAGUAUCUGGCUCACGUGGCCUCCUCUCACAAGACCAAGAAAGAUCAGAACAGCUCGAUCCUGUCACAUGGGGAGCUGGAAAAGCAGCUGCUGCAGGCUAACCCCAUCCUCGAAGCCUUCGGAAAUGCCAAGACGGUCAAAAAUGACAACUCUUCCCGAUUCGGAAAAUUCAUCAGGAUCAACUUCGAUGUCAACGGUUACAUCGUCGGUGCCAAUAUUGAAACUUACUUGUUGGAGAAGUCUCGCGCCAUCCGUCAGGCCAAAGACGAGAGGACCUUCCACAUCUUCUACUACAUGCUCACAGGAGCCGGAGAUAAAUUGCGCAAUGAACUCCUCCUUGAAAAUUACAACAACUACCGCUUCCUUUCCAACGGGAACGUCACAAUUCCCGGGCAGCAGGACAAGGAUCUGUUCACAGAGACCAUGGAGGCCAUGAAGAUCAUGAGUAUCCCAGAGGACGAGCAGAUUGGCAUGUUGAAGGUGGUGGCCUCUGUGCUGCAGCUCGGUAACAUGAACUUCAAGAAGGAGCGUCACACAGACCAGGCCUCCAUGCCCGACAACACCGCCGCCCAGAAAGUUAGCCACCUCAUGGGCAUGAACGUCACAGACUUCACCAGGGCCAUCCUGUCGCCCAGGAUCAAGGUAGGCAGAGAUUACGUCCAGAAGGCUCAGACGCAAGAGCAGGCAGAGUUCGCUGUGGAGGCCCUGGCGAAGGCCACGUACGAGAGGAUGUUCCGCUGGCUCGUCAUGAGGAUCAACAAAGCUCUGGACAAGACCAAGAGACAGGGAGCCUCCUUCAUCGGCAUCCUGGACAUCGCUGGCUUUGAGAUCUUUGAGCUGAACUCAUUCGAGCAGCUCUGCAUCAACUACACCAACGAGAAGCUGCAGCAGCUCUUCAACCACACCAUGUUCAUCCUGGAGCAGGAGGAGUACCAGAGGGAGGGCAUCGAGUGGAGCUUCAUCGACUUCGGCCUGGACCUGCAGCCCUGCAUCGACCUCAUCGAGAAACCCGCCAGUCCUCCUGGUAUCCUCGCUCUGCUGGAUGAGGAGUGUUGGUUCCCCAAAGCCACCGACAAGAGCUUUGUGGAGAAGGUGCUCCAGGAGCAGGGCACUCACCCCAAGUUCUUCAAGCCAAAGAAACUGAAGGAUGAAGCCGACUUCUGCAUCAUCCAUUACGCCGGCAAGGUGGACUACAAGGCCGACGAGUGGCUGAUGAAGAACAUGGACCCCCUGAACGACAACGUGGCGUCGCUGCUCAACCAGUCCACUGACAAGUUUGUGUCUGAGCUGUGGAGAGACGUGGACCGGAUCGUCGGUCUGGAUAAGGUGUCCAUGUCCGAGAUGCCCGGCGCCUUCAAGACCCGUAAAGGCAUGUUCCGCACCGUGGGCCAGCUGUACAAGGAGCAGCUGUCCAAGCUCAUGGCCACCUUGAGGAAUACGAACCCCAACUUUGUCCGCUGCAUCAUUCCCAACCACGAGAAAAAGGCCGGCAAACUGGACCCACACCUGGUUCUGGACCAGCUGAGGUGCAAUGGUGUGCUGGAGGGGAUCCGUAUCUGCAGACAGGGCUUCCCCAACCGCAUCGUCUUCCAGGAGUUCAGACAGAGGUAUGAAAUCCUCACUCCCAACUCCAUCCCCAAGGGCUUCAUGGAUGGAAAGCAGGCCUGUGUGCUCAUGAUUAAAAGCCUGGAGCUGGAUCCCAACCUGUACCGGAUCGGACAGAGCAAAGUGUUCUUCAGAGCGGGAGUCCUUGCUCACCUGGAGGAGGAGAGGGACAUGAAGAUCACCGACAUCAUCAUCAGUUUCCAGGCCUGGUGCAGAGGCUACGUCGCCCGCAAGGCUUUCGCCAAGAGGCAGCAGCAGCUGACCGCCAUGAAGGUGAUUCAGAGGAACUGUGCCGCUUAUCUUAAACUCAGGAACUGGCAGUGGUGGAGACUCUUCACCAAGGUGAAGCCUCUGCUGCAAGUCAGCAGGCAGGAGGAGGAGAUGCUGGCCAAGGAUGAGGAGCUGAACAAAGUCAAGGAGAAGCACAUGUACGCUGAGCAGCAGCUCCACGAUCUGGAGGAGAAACAGCAGCAGCUGAAUGCCGAGAAGAUGGCCCUGCAGGAGCAGCUUCAGGCCGAGACUGAACUCUGCGCCGAGGCGGAGGAGAUGAGAGCCCGUCUGGCCGCCAGGAAACAAGAGCUGGAGGAGAUCCUCCACGACCUGGAGGCCCGCGUGGAGGAGGAGGAGGAGCGCGCCUCUCAACUCCUGGGGGAGAAGAAGAAGAUGCAGCAAAAUAUCGGAGACUUGGAGCAGCAGCUCGACGAGGAGGAGGCGGCCAGACAGAAGCUCCAGCUGGAGAAGGUCACCAUGGAGGCCAAGAUGAAGAAGAUCGAGGAGGACGUCAUGGUUCUAGACGACCAGAACAACAAACUCAACAAGGAAAAGAAGCUGAUGGAGGAGAGGAUCUCCGAGUUCACCACCAACCUGGCAGAGGAGGAGGAGAAAUCCAAGAGUCUGCAGAAACUCAAGACCAAACAUGAGGCCAUGAUCACAGACCUGGAGGACCGACUGCGCAGGGAGGAGAAGCAGCGACAGGAGCUGGAGAAGAACCGACGCAAGCUGGAGGGCGACUUCACCGAGAUUCACGACCAGAUCGCCGAGCUGCAGGCUCAGAUCGCCGAGCUCCGUGCUCAGCUGGCCAAGAAGGAAGAGGAGCUCCAGGCAGCUCUGGCCAGGAUCGAGGAGGAGGCAGCCCAGAAGAACCUGGCCCAGAAAAAGAUCCGUGAGAUGGAGGCUCAGCUCUCUGAACUGCAGGAGGAUUUGGAGCUGGAGAGGCAGGCCCGCACCAAGGCGGAGAAACACCGCAGGGACCUGGGAGAAGAGCUGGAGGCCCUCAAGACCGAGCUAGAGGACACUCUGGACUCCACCGCUGCUCAGCAAGAACUCAGGACCAAGCGUGAGACAGAGGUGGCACAGCUUAAGAAGACUCUGGAUGAAGAGGCCAGAGUUCACGAACAGCAGCUGGGGGAGAUGAGGCAGAAACACGGCCAGGCCUUUGACGAGCUCAAUGAGCAGCUGGAGCAGGCCAAGAGGAACAAAGUGUCCAUGGAGAAGGCCAAGCAGGCUCUGGAGUCGGAGAGGAACGAGCUGGCCAUCGAGAUCCAGACACUGAUGCAGGGUAAGACGGACUCCGAGCAUCGCAGGAAGAAGGCUGAAGGCCAAGUCCAGGAGCUGCUGCUCAAACACUCAGAGAGCGAGCGCCAGAGAGUGGAGCAGGCCGAGAAACUGUCCAAAGUUCAGGCUGAACUGGAUAAUGUAAACGCUCUGCUGAGUGACGUGGAGGGCAAAUCCAUCAAGGCGGCCAAAGACUGCUCUGCUGUGGAGUCGCAGCUGCAGGACGUUCAGGAGUUACUCCAGGAGGAGACUCGCCAGAAGCUGUCACACAGCACACGCCUGCGUCAGCUGGAGGACGAGCAGAACAACCUGCGAGAACAGCUGGAGGAGGAAGAAGAGUCCAAGAGAAACGUGGAGAAACAGCUUCAGAUGGUUCAGGCUCAGCUCACUGAGAUGAAGAAGAAGGUGGAGCAGGACGCCGGAUGUCUGGAGACCGUCGAGGAGUCGAAGAAGAGGCUUCAGAGGGACCUAGAGGGAACAAAUCAGCGUCUGGAGGAGAAAUGUGCCGCCUACGAGAAGCUGGACAAAACCAAGACGCGUCUCCAGCAGGAGCUCGACGACAUGCUGGUCGACCAGGACCACCUCCGACAGAUCGUCUCCAACCUGGAGAAGAAGCAGAAGAAGUUUGACCAGAUGCUCGCAGAGGAGAAGAACAUUUCCGCCCGCUAUGCAGAGGAACGCGACCGAGCUGAAGCCGAGGCCCGUGAGAAGGAGACCCGGGCGCUGGCUCUAACCCGUGAGCUGGACUCUCUGAUGGACGUCAAGGAGGAGCUGGACCGCGGCAACAAACUGCUCCGGGCUGAAAUGGAGGACCUGGUAUCCUCUAAGGACGACGUCGGCAAGAACGUCCAUGAGCUGGAGAAGGCGAAGCGCGCGAUGGAGCAGCAGCUGGAAGAGAUGAAGACUCAACUGGAGGAGCUGGAGGACGAGCUGCAGGCGACGGAGGAUGCCAAGCUGCGUCUGGAGGUCAACAUGCAGGCGAUGAAGGCCCAGUAUGAGCGAGACCUGGCAGGACGUGACGAGAUGGGCGAGGAGAAGAAGAGGUCGCUGGUCAAACAGGUGCGUGAGAUGGAGAUGGAGCUGGAGGACGAGAGGAAGCAGCGCUCUGCAGCCGUGGCCGCUCGCAAGAAGAUGGAGCUGGACCUGAAGGAGCUGGAGGCCGGCAUCGACAUGGCCAACAAGAACCGCGACGAGGCUCUGAAGCAGCUCAAGAAACUCCAAGCUCAGAUGAAAGAUCUGAUCCGCGAGCUGGAUGAUACUCGCAUGUCCAGAGAGGAGAUCCUCGCUCAGAGCAAGGAGACGGAGAAGAAGCUGAAGGGAAUGGAGGCCGACAUGCUCCAGAUGCAGGAGGAGCUGGCGGCUGCAGAGCGAGUGAAGCGACAGGCCCAGCAGGAGAGAGACGAGCUGCAGGACGAGAUCAACAACCAGGCCAGCAAGAAUGCUCAGGUUGUGGAGGAGAGGAGACGGCUGGAGGCUCGCAUCGCUCAGCUGGAGGAGGAGCUGGAGGAGGAGCAGUGCAACACCGAGCUGAUCAACGACCGGCUGAAGAAAGCAAUGCUGCAGACCGACCAGAUGAACGUGGAGCUGACGGCGGAGCGCAGCAGCUCCCAGCGCGUCGAAGGAGCUCGCGCUCAGCUGGAGCGUCAGAACAAGGAGCUGAAACUGAAGCUGCAGGAGCUGGAGGGAACCGUCAAGUCCAAGUACAAGGCCAACAUGUCGGCUCUGGAGGCCAAGAUCGCUCAGCUGGAGGAACAGCUGGACAUGGAGACCAGGGAGAGGCAGGCCGCCACCAAGCUGGUAAGACGCACCGAGAAGAAACUGAAGGAAGUCAUCCUGCAGGUGGACGACGAGAGACGCAACACGGAGCAGCACAAGGACCAGGUCGACAAGUUGAACUCUCGCAUGAAGCAGCUGAAGCGUCAGCUGGAGGAGGCUGAGGAGGAGGCGCAGAGAGCCAACGCCAACCGAAGGAAACUGCAGAGGGAGCUGGAGGACGCCACGGAGUCGGCGGACGCCAUGAACCGUGAAGUCACCACCCUCAAGAACAAGCUCAGGCGUGGCGACCUCCCCUUCCCCAUGCGCCGCACCGUAACCCGCGGCGGCAACGAGAGCGACGACGAGAGCGAGCCCAAGGGCGAGCCGGCCGAGCCGAAGCCUGAAUGAAAACAUCCGCACAGCGCCGCCUUUAUUUUUUAUUUUUUAAAAGAAAAGUGCAUCAUCAUGAAAAACGAGACCAGAUCCCCGAAAUUCACCCAAUGAGCUCACACGACUGUAUCUGCUGAACGGAGAGCGACACAAACACGAGGAUGACGAAGUUUAGUCCUGCGACAGUCAACACCGACAAUCUAUGCAUUCUUAACACACACACACACACACACACACACACACACACACACACACACACACACGCCAGUAAACUUGGACAAUCACCAUGCUGACACACACACACACACACGUUAUUUUUGGGCCAAAUUCAGUUUUGUUUUCAUUUUUCAGUCUCUGGGAAAUAAAAAAAAGUAUUUUUAUAAGGAAACAUUCCGAUUCGAAUAGUCCUGAUGUAGGAUCUAUUUUUCUAAUUGAAGAACGAGAAGUAAACAUGAAUAAAUAAAUAAAUGAAGACGGAUUACUGGAAGGGGGGACCAAAGUUAAUAUCUCAAAUCUUAUUUGAAUUGUAUUUGUUCUGUUUUUUUUUUUUGUAAUGGUUAAGAAUGGAAGCGCUUCAUGUUUAUUCCGCUCGCGCUCUUCGUUUAUAAUGAAGGUUUAUACGCUGAAAUGUAUUCUCUAUCGAUUAUAGCCGCAGUUAGUGCUCGUGACUUCGCUUUUUUUAUUGAGCUUAUAAAAUAAUUUCACACAUUUCAUGUGGAGAAAAAAAAAUAAAUAAAGAAAAGGAAAAAAAUCGGAGACGGAUAUUUUUCAAGUCCAAAUUCGGAGACUGGAUGAAGGCGUUUUGAUUGUGACUGUGCUGAAGUUUAAUUUUGCACUGAGAUGAUUUAAAAAGAAACAAAAACACUUAAAGCCGACGCGUUUAUAUAAACCACUGCAUUCGUGUGUUUCUUUGGACGGUUUUGGAAGUUUUGGACUGCCAACACACACUAAGGCCUUAAAAUCCAGCUGCGAUCGUACUGGGCGGGUGUUCGGCGGCUUCUUUAUUUCUUCCGGACAUGCAUUGAUUUUUACGUUUAUCACUAUCAGUGUUUUUGUUGAUGUUGAAGGUUUAAACGGGGGUGGCGGGGUAGCUUCUUACUCACAGCACACACUGUAUUCUCAGAGCACAGCUUGUUGGCGGUGGCAGCAGCUGUGGUAGUGACAAACCAAAGGUUAGAUUCAGGAGGAUCAUCACUGUACUCUGGCUGAACAGGGCUUUACACACACACACACACACACACACACACACACACAUGUGGGGGAACAUGUAGCCAGGUUAUUGAGCGGAUGUAUCCCCCCUCGCAGGCUGUGCUCAGGGGGGCGGCUUUUGGCUCACACUGCUGGGAAGUGAGAGGAAUGUGUUGUUUAAAUAACAGCUCACAGUGCACUUAAAGAAAUAAAUAAAUAAAAUAAAUCUCCAACGAUUCGUCUGAAAUGUUCGUCUGUCCUGCACCUCUGGAAUGGAAAUCAUGUUGUGAAAUGUUGGUAUUAUUGCAAUUAAAGAGGCUUUCUAAACUGCU